AUGUCUCUUAAAUAUCAUCUAGUCUCAUUUUUUUUUCUUUCUUUCAGUAAGGAUAUUUCAAAACUCCUUGGACCUGCCCAGUACAUUAUGUCAGUAGUAAAUGACACCGAAUUCAGCUCUGCAGUGUUCCUUCUCACCGGGAUACCUGGGCAGGAAGACGUCCAUCUCUGGAUCUCUAUCCCCUUCUGCUUAGUGUAUAUUAUUUCAAUAGUAGGAAAUUCAGUCAUUCUGUUCAUUAUAAAAACAGAUCCAAGCCUCCAUGAGCCCAUGUACAUUUUCCUUUCCAUGUUGGCCGUCACAGACCUUGCCUUAUCGAUAUCCACCAUGCCUACAACACUGGGUAUAUUCUUGUUUAACUCUAGGGAGAUCAGUCUGGAUGCUUGUUUUGCCCAGUUGUUCUUCAUUCACUCACUUUCAUUCAUUGAAUCAUCGGUACUCCUGUUGAUGGCCUUUGAUCGAUUCGUUGCUAUCUGUAACCCACUGAGAUAUGCUUCUAUCUUAACCCUGCCGAGAAUUGGAAAGAUGGGACUGGUGUUUGUGCUAAGAGGGGUGGCUGUAAUAUUACCGCUCCCCUUUCUUCUUAAACGGUUCCGAUAUUGUCGAGCCAAUGUCCUCUCCCAUUGCUACUGCCUGCACCAAGAGGUCAUGAAGCUGGCUUGUUCGGAUAUCACAGUCAACUACAUCUAUGGCUUCUUCCUUACAGUCUCCAUGGUGGGAUUGGAUUCACUGUUCAUCUUCCUCUCAUAUGUGAUGAUCCUCAAAACAGUGCUGAAAGUCACAUCCCAUGGAGAAUGCCUUAGGGCCCUGAACACAUGUGUCUCCCACCUCUGUGCUGUCCUGCUCUUCUACACACCAGAGAUUGGCUUGGCUGUGAUACACAGAUUUGGGACAGGCUCUCCUCCAUUGCUCAAGGUUCUCCUCGGCUACAUCUCUCUGUUGGUCCCGCCACUUAUGAACCCAAUUGUGUACAGCGUGAAAAGCAAACACCUUCGUGUGAGGAUAAUCAGGGUGUUCUUCAAGUGA